AUGAUCUACCAGUACAUAACACUGGGUGGCGGUAAUGCCGGUUACAGUGCUGCAAUCGCUGCAAAACAAGCCGGUGUCAACCGUGUGCUUAUUAUUGAAAAGUCUGCAGAAACAACGUUCCCCGGUGGUAACACUUAUUUCGCCCCAGGUAUGUCACUUAUAUACGGACUUGAUGAUCUCUUGCCAAUAUUACAUGACGUGGAUCCCGAAACUGUAAAGUGCAUUGAUAUGGUCCCAUACAAGCCUGAAGAUUAUAUGACCAAUUUGAUGCGAGUUACUGGCGGUCGAGCAGAUCCCGCUCUGGCCGAUGUGCUUGUGAACGAAAGCCGCGAAACAAUUGACUGGCUCGAUAUGAUAGGCGUCAAGUUCAGAUUAUCCUUCAACCGACAAGCCUACAAAGUGGAUGGCAGAUACAAGUUCUAUGCCGGGCAGGUGCUUGCUAUCGUAGAUGGCGGCAAGGGCAUGGUUCGGCAGUACAUUGAGUCUGCGAACAACCAUGGCGUCACUGUGCAAUAUGGUACAAGUCUUAUUCGACUACUUACACACGACCAGUCGAACACUGUCCGAGGUCUAGAGGUCUUGUUACACGACGGCACCAAACAGAUCAUUUCUGCGGGAUCAGUCGUUUUGGCAUGUGGCGGAUUCGAAGCAAACCCAGCCAUGCGCGCACAAUACUUGGGGAAAACUUGGGAUAUGGCUCAUGUGCGUGGCACACCCUCAUGCCACGCUACCUGUAGGGACGUGAGUACGGAUCCUCACUGCGGCGAUAAGGUGCUCACGAACCAGUUCACCAAGAAUGGCUAUCCACUCGGGAUCAUGGUCAAUCGAGACGGAAAGCGAUUCGUAGACGAAGGGAAGGAUUAUCGCAACUACACGUACGCAUGCUUUGGCAAGGAAGUCAUGAACCAGCCGGGAAGUGUGGCUUUCCAGAUCUGGGAUGCCAAAACUCUGUCUUGGUUGCGCGAGGAAGAAUACGGUGACAGCGUGGUCGAAAAGAUUGUGGCUGAUUCAAUUGAGGAGUUGGCAGACAAGGCGGCACUUGCCAAUAAACAAGCAUUAGUUGAUACCGUUCAGGAGUAUAACGAUGCUGUGUCUGCGCAUCGACAGCAGCAUCCGGAUCUCAAGUGGGAUCCAACCACCAAAGAUGGGUUAUCCACUCAGUGUUCAAAGAUGCGACUUCAAAUCCCCAAAUCAAACUGGGCACUGCCUAUCGAUCAAGCACCUUUUGUCGCUGUAAAAAUAACGACAGGUAUCACUUUUACAUUUGGGGGAUUGGCCGUCGACCCAAAAACUGCUGCAGUUCUGGAUGGGUCUUCUAAAUCAAUCGGGAACUUAUAUGCAGCUGGAGAGAUUGUAGGUGGAGUAUUCUAUGAUAACUAUCCCAGUGGAAGUGGCCUUAUGUUAGGAUCGAUUCUGGGUAGAAAAGCAGGAACUUCAGCAGCCGUCAGUCAUCUGAAUGGAGUAAAUGUCUAA